CUAGGUACUAGGUAUACACGUACCUACCUAGGUAUAUCGAUAUCGAUAAUGAUGUUGUACGUACGUUUGACGUUUGUUUGUACGUUGACGUGAAUUCAUAUAUUCAUGAAAUUAAUACUGUUUUGUUUGAUAUUCUUUUCGUAUUAUACAGAUUUUUGUAAGCUAGCGGAAAUAUUUUUAUCAGAUUACCUUUAAAUAGAUACAUAUAUAUUAUCAGUUCAGUGUAACGUUCAAAUCACAAAUUAUAAUGGAUUUAAAUCAGCUUGUCAGCAAGAAUCAGUCUAUUAAAAUAGUACCCUCAGUGGAAGAAUCUCUGCGUAAUAAUGGCCUGGAUGUUGACUUAGAUAAGAAUGUAAGACUUUGGUAUGAACAAUUGAGGGUAACUUGGAAAACAUGGAAGAAAAGCCCGACAGUGGAAAGUCGAAUUGAGACGUUUUUUCAGUCAAUUCCUGACCCCUAUCGAGUUGCUCUUGUUUUUGUUAUUAAGUGUGAGGACUCAAAGGAUUGUAAGCCAAAAUCAUUGCCUUAUUGUAUUAUAGAAACACUGCAAAAAUGGGCACUACAAACAGGGGCACUGCCUGAAAAUUCAUUAAAAUUACCAGCAUUCCACAUAGCAGUGCAACAAAGAAACCAACAGUUUUUAAAUUUAAUGGUCAAAGCAUACAAUAUUGUCAGUAUUAAAGAUGUGAUCUUACCCAUUGUGAAAGAUAUGAUAUGCAAUGAUAACUGCAAGCAGGCAUCUCAGAUUGUAAUUGCGAUGGAGCUGUAUGAUGAUGUACCAGUGGAAGACCUAUUAUUUCCAUUAAUUUUACAGGAUAAAGCAAAUAUGAUUGAUGAAUAUUUAUGUGAAUGUCCAAGCCAAGUUGAACCUUUAUUACUAUAUUUAGAUAACUUGUUGAACAAAAAGAUAAGUAUUCGUGAAUAUGUACAAAAGUAUAUUGAUGAUCAUAAGAUUUGUCAUGUCAAAUAUGACAAGAUACACCAUAAACCUCUUGGUAAGCUAGUGGCACGCUUGUGUAACAAAUUCAAUAUUCCAAUAGAGAGAUGUAAAAAUCUUAGCAAGAAUCGAAUUACUGGUGGACUGAGAUACCUAAUUCACCAGCGAUAUGAUGGCAAUAAUGUAAACCCUGUAGUAUGGGAUGACCUAGUAAAGGACUCGCUAAGACAGAAUGCAGGGUCUGGGCCAGAAUUUAUUGACAUGUUAGUUGACUAUGACAGAAAUGAAGCACUUAAGUGGGCAACAUAUCUAAAUCUUGCAAACAAUGAUUUACCCUUAGCGUUACAAGAAAUGUCACUAAAAAAUACUACUGAAGAAACAGAAGAAAACUGGGAUGCGAUAACUCAUGACACACAAGAAUAUUACAAAUCAUCUUUGAUUUCUGAUCAAAUAAUUAUGAUAGACACAGGUGAAAAAUUCUAUGAUAUGAUAUCAACACUGAAGAAAUGCAAUGUAGUGAGUAUUGACUGUGAAUGGAAACCAUCCUUUGGAGCAACGCAAUCCCAAGUUGCCUUGGUUCAAGUUGCUAUUAGUGAUUGUGUUUAUUUAAUUGACACAUUAUUAUUUAAUACACAGCAGUAUACCACUUUUUGGCACACAUUUUACAAAUCCAUUUUGGAUAAUGGUGAAAUAAUUAAACUGGGUUUUGGCUUAGAGCAAGAUUUAAAAGAAAUGAAGACUACAAUAAUUGGAUUGGGAAAUAUAAAACUAAAAGGUGAAGGGCUGCUAGAUUUAUUCACAUUGUGGAAAAGCUUAUUGAAUAAUAGGCUAAUUUUACCAUACAGUGAAGUUGGUGGCAACAGCCUCAGUUGCUUGGUGCAAGCAUGUUUUGGUUUGCCUCUUGAAAAAUCUGAACAAUGCUCGAAUUGGGAAAUCAGGCCACUAAGAGACACACAGGUUCAAUAUGCAGCUUUGGAUGCUCAUGUCCUGAUAAAGGUUUAUGAAUUUUUUCAAACAGUCUGCUUAGAACAAGGAAUUAACUUUGAAGAAAUCUGUAAUGAUGUAAUGGUAGAAAAUAAAAAGAAGUCAAGUAAGAAAACAAAAACAGCAGAAAGACUUCUAUCUACACUCAGUCCUCAAUCUAAAUCAGCUUAUGAUAUUAAAUUAAUGGUAGAAAAUCAUUUGUCAACUUUAAUUCCAUAUUUGAGAUAUUGUGGCAUAGACACAACAAUGAUAUUGCCACAUUUGUUGUGGUGUGACACGAUCAAUUUAGCUAUAUCUGAAGACCGUUUCUUAUUACUUGCUAAGCUGAAAUGCACUCCAACUGUUAAUUUCCCCCAGAGUUCAAUAUUAGAUAUAGGUAUUGGUAGCAUUAAGGAACAAUUACAAAAAGUUUUUAAACAUUUUAAUAUAAGCAUAAAACAAGAUGACCUAUUAGCUUUCUGUUUAAAAUGUAAUAACAAGGAUUUGAAAGAAAUGGCCGCCAAAGGUAUUUAUGAAUUCUGUGAAGAUCAAAUGAUUGUAAAUAAUCAAAUUAGCUCCAGAUAUGUACCUGAUGAAGAGGAUGAAGGCGAUAAUUAUGACAAUUUUCUAAGUGACUCUGAUGGUGAUGAUGAAAUAAUCAACAUGCAGCCUACACCUAAUUUGUACCAAGGCAGAUCUUUCAAAACAAAUAAAGGUGCACCAAUAGAAAUCAAUGACUUGUACAGAUUAUCUCUAUCACAAAAAACUGUUUACCUGUGUGAAACUUGUGGUAAAUUGUAUUGGGAAGGAGAUGAAUUUUUGCAACCCAUCAGAGACUUGGUAUUAAAAUUGACAAAUCUUACCAUCUGGUAGAUAUUUCAGUAUGAGGUACAAAUAAGAAUGCGAUUGUUUACAAACUCAUAUAUUCAUGAGGUAGCAAAUGCAACAUAAUUCAUACCUAAAGUCAAAACAAUAUCUUGUAAAUAGAACUUAAAAUUGUUUAUUUUAAAUAGAAGAAAUGUGUUCAAA